AUGGAGAUUGCUUAUAACUUGACUCUUCACUCGAAGUUGCCGAUGCUGAAGGAUGGCCAUGGCCGGGGGUUGGCACCCGUAAAAGCAACGAACGCAACCGCCAACGAGUUUAGGAAAUUCACGGCAAAGAAGGACCAAGGCUACCCAGAGAUUCCCAUUGGGGGCUUGGUAGCCAGGGCAUCGGUUCAGUGGAGGCGUAAGGCGAAGACGUGGGAGCUGUAUUGA